AUAUAAUAAUAUUCAAAGAAUAAACAAUAACUCCUUUUUCGAAAAGAUAUUAAUAAUUAGACUCCAGCUUAAAAUAUAUAUAGAUGAAGGAAAAUAACUUUCAAGAUAGCUUUAGAGUUAAUUUUAUAAAAUCUUUUUCAACAGCAAUGUUUGAAGAAGAUUAAAUAUAAUUGUAGAAAGAUAAUUGUUACAAAAAUGGAUUUUCAAAAUUUGAGAAAAUAAAUAGUUGGUAAAUGAUGUAUUUCUCAAUUUAUGAUGUAAUUAAAUCAGAAAUGACAAAAUCUCAUCAAGAAAAUGACAAACAAGACAAUUCUGAUAGUGAAGAGAUUUCACAACAAAACACAAGUUUGAUCAAAAUAAUUAUGUCUAAAAUUGAGUAGGAAAUCAUCAAUUAUAAUAAAUCUUUUGCUAAUUUUGGCAUAAUUUUAAAUGCGAUGGGGGAGAGAUGUAUAUAUUAUUAUUCCAUGUUAAUAAUUUGGCGAUUUACAUGCUUUAAGAAAGGAAAAGGAGUGUAGGAGAGUACAAAAAAAUUUGAGAGUCUUAAAUAAAAUUAAUUAUUGAAAUUCAUUGCUGACAUAAAAUAAAAUAAGACUGAAUAAAGUAAAUUAAAGGCUGAGGCUUUUAUUUGUAAUUUAUAUAGAAGCUGUAUUUAACAGUUUUAUAGAGAGAAUUAAGCCGCUUUUUGCGCAGAUAUCAAAAACAAAAAUAAAAUGACAAAUACAGAACUAAUAAAACUGUUAGAUAAAUCUAUUUUAGAGGAUUAUUAAGAAGACAUUAAUUUAAAAAAAUAUACUGAUGAAUAAAUAGUCGAAUAUAUAACAGAUUAAACUAAAUUUAUUGAAAAUUAUGUUAAAAAUGAGAUUGACAAAAUAGAAGCUGAAAUCAAAGAUUAAUAUGAAAAUAAAUUAAGAAAAUCUUUAUUAGCAAUUUUGGAGAAAGUUAAUUCUAAUGUGCAAAUUUUGAGACAAUAUACUGAUUUAUAAAACCCUCCUAUAAAAUCGAAAGAGUAUUUUUUCCUAAAUGACAAUGAUAACAAAAAUGACGAAUUUUAUGAAAGUAAACUUUUUGAAUUGAUAAUCUAAUGUCUCCUUGGUGUAUCAUAAUAAAUGAAUAAAUUUCAGAUUUCGAAGGAGCAUGAGGAAAUCUUUAAAAUUAAUAUUUAUUAAAAGUUAGAAGUCAAUAUCUUUGAUAAAUCAUAGUUUUAAGAAUCAGAAUAAUAAAUUUAACUCUUACAACCUUUUGCUUUAGAAUUGUCAAAUUAGUUAGGUAUCCAUAUCUAAAAAGUGAAGAAAGAAACAUUAUCUUUAGAAAAAUUUAAUGGUUAUUAAGAGCUAUAAACUAUAAAAUUAAAUAUGAUUGGCUGUCGUCACACUUGUCCAAUGUGCAAACGCAAAUGUGAUUAAUCUUAUUCAAAUGACCAUAAACAUAAAUGUUCGAAUGGUCAUUAAUUAAGAGGUAUUUUUUAUUUUGUAAUUUAAAGGGAUGAAUGGAGUCUUAAUUGAGGAUACCCCUUCUUUGUUCACUUGCGAUGAGAUGAAUGAUGAAUGUCUAAUCAUUACAUUAGAAACAUAAGAAACCAAAAAGUGGAAAGAUAUAAGAAAAACAUAUGAUGACUGGAUUUUUAAAGGUUUGGAUGAAAUAGAGUAAUAAAAAAUUAAAGAAAAAAUGAUGAAAGUAUGGAAUUAAGGAACUGGACAAAUGGUAUGUGAGUAUUUCAAAAAAAUGUUAAAUAGGUCAGCUAUAAAUUUUGUGCUUAAGAAUAACUUCGAAGAAGUAAUUAGAUAACCUAAAAUUCAUUAUAUUUUUAUGAUUGAUGAUUCAGGGUCAAUGAGAGGAAGUUUUUUUUGGAAAAAUUCAGGGUCAAUGAGUGGAAGUCCUUGGAACACUGCAAAAAAUGGUUGUUUAAAUUGCAUCUCAAUAAUAUAGAAAAAUUUAAAUGCUAGAGUGAGUGUUGUUAUUUUUAAUUCAACUGCCAGAAUUGCUAUUAAUUGUGAAAUUGUCAAUUUGGUUGAAAUGGAGAAAAAAAUACAAUUUAAUAGUGGAGGCACUGAUUUUGGUUCAGCAUUUUAAUAAACAUACAAUUUAAUUGUUCAGCACUAAAAUGACGCAUUUGAAAAGUUAAUAUUUUAAAUAUAUUUAGAACUGAAGUUUUAUUUUACACUGAUGGGGGAGCAGCUUACCCAAAGGAAUAAGUCAAAUUAUUUACAGAACUUCCAGAUCAUUAAAAAAAUAGAAUAUUCCUUCAUUGCUGUACUGAAGAGGCAAAUGCUUUAUCAUUAUAACUGAUUGUAAAUGAAAUGAAUUGUAGCCUAAUUAAAUCUGAGUUAAAGUAAAAGUUUUAAGUAGCUGAUCUUUAAAAAACAUGGGCUGAAGUAGUGAGUAGAGAAUAUCAUAACCUAAAAGGAUGA